UAUGCGUAUAACUUAUUCGUUACAUCAUUUUGUAGAUGAUGAAUUUCCGUUCGGAUGUCCCACCCGAAGCUAGGAUCGGAGCUAUGGCAGCAUCAGAAUCAUCAUCAGUAGUAGCUGAAUGUAUUGUUUUUUAUUGCCAAAAAGGCCACUUGGAAUGUCGUUUUUAUGACUAUGAAGGACCUCGGUCGCUCAAGGUCGACAACUAUAAAGAAAUCUUUCAGGAUGUGAACAUACAUACUGUGCAAAAGUACAACCACCCUUUAAAUGCAUGGCAGAUCACACGAAUAUUUCUUCGACACGAUUACAUUAUCUUUGAAGCGUCAGAUGGCAAGUGGUACUCAGUGGAAAAGAACACUACAUGUAUUUUGAUUCAGCGGGGUAGCAAGGAGCAGGUGUCUGAAAGGACUACCAGCAAUAUUCGACAUUUCUUUACAAGCAGAUUAUCCUGCAGCCAACCUGAGAAAGGGCAGAACACAUUGUAUUUACUUAUCGCAUGGCUUAUUAAGAACGAAACGGCGAACGGGUACUGCCUUAUCCGUAACAAUUGUCAGAACUUCGCUAAAAGAGUCUUCAAAUUCCUCACACAAUAAUUAUCGUUUGGAGCAGUUCUACCAAAAGCAAGGUGGUGCGUAGUGGUUUAGUCCUUCUAAAAGUGUUUGACUUCACACAUGUCAGUGGAUGAGAAAUGUGAAAGUAAUGACAUUGUGCGUUUAUAACAAUCUGAAGACAACUUAGACUGCAUAGUUUUAAACAGGUUCCAAGCAAUCUUAUGUUUUCAGAUGGAACUUAUUCGUACGAUAGAAGUUAUACCUACAAAGUUUCCAGGAAAUAUUUAUGUUAAUACGGAAGACGACAUCAAAAAUCUACUAUUGAUGGUCAGUGUACUCAAUAGUGCAAUGACUAUUUGUAUUGAUACCUAGACUUAUCUUUAAUUAUCAUGCAUGUAUGUUUCGCUGUAAAAAAGCUAAUCUAUAAUGUUAGAAAGCCCUAUAUUUCAUAAAUUGUUCAAUUAUACAAAGUCUUCAAAUGAGUAGUUUAAUCGGUUUUUUUUAAAGAUUCUAGUAAAGGGAUUAUAUUAAUGUACAAUUGUGUGAACUAAUAAGAAACUCCUCUAGCGCAUGUUUCAAAAUAGCAACUAAAGAAACGCUAAGUGGACCUCAAACUGUCUACUUCGUUUAUUAAUAAUAGUGUGCCUUACAGUUCAUAAACUAAUUAUAUGAUUAUAUCAUUAUAAAACAUAUCAUUUGAUUUUUCGGUAUAUAUUACCUCGUUAAGUUUUUUAUUUGUAUGCAUUUUUCUUAUAAUUCGUAUUUGAUAAUGAAAUAGAUUUGAAAUU